CACACGUCAUAGUCAAACUAAACUACAGAACGUCAUCGUCGUCACCCACAUGUGCACGGCAAUGAAAAUUCGAUCAAUCUUUGAGGGCUUUCCCAAAACGCUUGACGCUACGCUCCGCUACGGCUACGAAGAAAAUUCAGUACCGCGCCAGCUUUCACGGGGAGAGUACGCGUCGCGCGCGUUCAAAUUCACGUCUCUCGUAUUUACGUACGCUGUCAUUCAACUUUAAAUCCAAUUAUUAAUACAAUGGCGUGUGUGAGUUAAUGAGAUUGUGUGAUUAGUGCGUUUUAAAUGUUAUCUGAUAGUGUUUGGUGUCGGAAAAUGGUGAAGGAUGUGAGUUUGGGAAAAUGUUGAGCGCGUUCGCGCUAUGGCACGUGGGAUUGUUGGUAUUGGGAGUGGAUGGGCUUAUAGAAAUCGUCGAAGAGCAACAAUGUCACGACUACGCUUUCCGCCUGACCUGUCGUCAGCUCGACGCUCACAUCGCCAUCCUCGAAGCGUGGUACACCUCAACCGACCGCCUCAACUCAUCAGACCUCAUCUCAAACCUCACCAUCAAAACUGAGAACGAUUCAGAACUCGAUAGAGUUUACGUGUAUUCUAGUCCCAAACAUAACGGCGUUUACGAAAGCGACCAUUCCAAUUUUGAAAACUUGACUAAUGUGAACGUGUCUGAACGAUUUGAAUUUACAAACGAAACGGAUUUUUUGGAAGUGAACGGGAGUGAUUGUGGGGUUGGGGGGUUUUUGAGGAGCUACGGGAGCUGGAGGGAGGGGGAUAAGAGGAGGAGGUCGCCGUCGCGGGAGGCGGCCGUGAACUUGAGGGCGCCGGUGAGCUACCGAUGUACAGGGGUUAAUCACUGCAGCUUCGUGCUUCGCGAGGACUACCCCCCGGCGCGGGGGUGGCCGGCGGGGGUGGUUUACAUCAAAUACGCCUGCUUUGACGACACCCUCUCUAUCCACUACUGCAACCGCGAGGUCGCUAUAGGUGUCUCCGGCCCCGAGAGCGAGGGGUACAUACGGACCCCGGGCUACCCUAACUUCUACGUGGGCGACGAGUGUCGGUGGAAGCUGGUGGCGCAUCCAGAGCAGAGGAUACGGAUAUCGCUGCUGGAUGUCAGUUUGAAAAGUAUCGGCCCGUUCGAGAACGAGUGCUCCGACUACGUGCUAGUGACGGACGGGAACGGCGACGCGCUGCUCUCGUCAUGCGACCAAGUCGCGCUGCCGCUGCGAUUGUCGUCCGCGACAAACGCAGUCCACGUCACGGUCGAGACGCGGAGCGAAGGAGCGUAUCCUAAGAGGGGCGUGUUGUUUCAUUAUAAGAGUAUAGGCUGCGUAACGCUGCCAGCGCCAUCCGACGGCUACCUUGUGUACCGCAACGAGGACGUGGCGCACUACAUGUGCAACGUCCGUCAUGUUUUCGCUGACACGCGACAGAGGGCGCGGGUUAUAUGGUGCUUUGACGACAAUAGAUGGAACGACACUGUGCCUUUGUGUGUUGAAGAGGCGAGUGGUGACUCGGCGGGAGAGGGCAAAGACAAAAACAUGACGCACACCGAGGCCAAUAUGAUAGUUGACAUCGUGAUCCCGUCGCUGCUGAUACUGGCGCUGUUCAUCGGGAAUGCGUUCAUCGUGCUCAUCAUAUACAAGUACAGGAAACGAAAAAAUGAUGAUCUCGACGACGAAUUCAACACCAUCCCACUGAGCGUCAACGGCAAUAUUCACAGCGCGGGCAACGCGGUUUAGACACACACAUUCAAGAGAGAUCACACGUUAGACUUUGGAACCCUGUUGUAUUAUCUUUGACGUUUUCACACUACCACUAUUUGCCUCUGGAAGCGACAGAUUUAAAAAUUAAAAUUCAUUAGUUUGUUAAUGAAAUAGACGCGUCCGCGCGCGGUAUAAUUUAUAAUGUCGCGACUGACACUGCGAUCUCUGUCGCUUUCCGUGGCAGUGUGCGUGAACAGCCUAAUUUUGGCAGCUAUUAGUCAAAGACAUUUCGAACAAAUCUUAAAAGAAGAAUUAUCCAAUUCCUGUAAAAACAUUACAUUAUUUAGAGUCGAUGGCCUUUGAACAAGCCUGUUCCUCCCUUGCGUUGUACUAUUUGUAUGCUGCAAUGGCUUAGAUUUUAAUAAGAUUACUAAAUAGUACCCAUAUUCCGUGAUAGGAAGUCGUUUUAUUGCUUAGUUAUAAGGUAUAUAUAGCCUAUCAGACUCGGGAGUUGAUUCAAAAAGCCAUGUCUCUCAGUAAUUUCAAAUAUUAUCAAUAAAAGAUGAUUUGAGGCGUAUAAAGCAAAUUAAUACCUAUGAAUGCUUGAAAGAGGCAUUUUUAUGAAAGGCUGUUAAAACAUGGAAUAGACAAGCUUUUAAAAUGUUCUUACGUGUAAUCUCUCAAAGGCAGCUGGACGAAAACGCGUUAGAAAUCGGACAAAAGCAUCGAUUCUAGUCGCCGCGUGUGCGAGCGGCCUUAGGUCCUAAGUUACCCUAUUUAUCUUUUAAUUACCUCAAUUAGACAGUUCACUCGAUUUAGGGAAAAUUAAACCAAUCAAAUUGUUACAAGGACAACGGAAGAAUGGCCGAUCUGACGUUGGUGCAGGGCCUUUUGUUGUUUAAUUAAAAGCGGUUUUAUUCAGUUCAUUUUGGUUCAUUUACGAUAGUUAAUGACAUAAUGACUGAGAUAAGACAGUUAAUUUAUUAAUUAACAGAUUGUAUCUUUAAAUCUGAUGUUUUUGUCUCGAAAACUAUUGUAAAUGAAUCAUUUAUUUAGUUGGCUAACCUAUGCUUAUGAUAUUAGGUAUACCUAGCAAGAAAAUCGAAUGAUAUAUUCAAAUCAUGACUUGGAAAUUAAUGUAAAAUCGUCAAGAUUUAAACUUAUUUUAGUGCAUAUUCAUUGUUCAAUGUUCUUAUUCAACCGAGGCCCUAUUUAAUAAUUCUACAUGUGUAACUAAUAUUUUUUAGUCAAAGCUGGCAUCACUGGUAAAAAGGCCUUUCUUUCUCUUAGCAUCUCUCAAAAAACAAAGUUGCCAGUGUAAAUUUUUAAAACUAAAAAUACUUUUAUCAAUGGCCUUUUUUCUGUAAAAUAAAUCGUUUUCUGGAUUUUUAGUGUUUCGUACAAAACUUUGUACACGGAACACUUAUGGGAUCACUUUGGUCUUACAAAGCGUUUUUCUCAGAGACCGUGUGACGUAGAUACCUAAAAUUUGGAACAGUUAUUUUCCAAUAGCUUAGAUGUUAAGUAAGGACUGAUAUGAUGUAAUAAUACUCUUAUUUUCUCCAGUCGCACAUCUGUCACUGCCUUGUGUUUUAUAGUAAGUCAAUUAAGAAGUGGUUGGCUCUAGUACUGUGCUAAGUAUUUAUGAUUUCGUUUCGUCUCGAAAUUGUUGAUGUUUUUUCUAUUUGGCGAAGUCUGUAUAGAUUCAGUAAUGAAUAAAGCACUUUAUCUUUA